AUGCUAUCUCACGCCGACCUCCUGGACGCCCGGCUCGGGAUGAAAGACGCCGCCGAGCUGCUGGGCCACCGGGAGGCGGUGAAGUGCCGCUUGGGCGUCGGAGGCUCGGAGCCCGGAGGCCACCCGGGUGACAUGGCUCCCAACUCGGACUCGGUGGAAGGGGCCACGCUGCUGCCCGGCGAGGACAUCGCCACGGUGGGCUCCACGCCGAGCGCGCUCUCCGUCAACGCCAAGGACCCGGACAAGCAGCAGGGCCAGCCGGGAGGGCAGAACCCCAGCCAGGCCGGGCAGCAACAGGGCCAGCAGAAGCAGAAGCGCCACCGAACGCGCUUCACCCCGGCGCAGCUCAACGAGCUGGAGAGGAGUUUCGCCAAGACCCACUACCCGGACAUCUUCAUGCGGGAGGAGCUGGCCCUGCGCAUCGGCCUCACCGAGUCCCGCGUCCAGGUGUGGUUCCAGAACCGGCGGGCCAAGUGGAAGAAACGCAAGAAGACGACCAACGUGUUCCGCGCCCCCGGCACACUUUUGCCCACGCCGGGCCUACCCCAGUUCCCUUCCGCAGCCGCGGCCGCCGCAGCAGCCAUGGGCGACAGCCUCUGCUCCUUCCACGCCAACGACACGCGCUGGGCUGCGGCCGCCAUGCCGGGCGUGUCGCAGCUGCCUCUGCCGCCGGCGCUGGGCAGGCAGCAGGCCAUGGCGCAGUCGCUAUCGCAGUGCAGCCUGGCGGCAGGGCCUCCGCCCAACUCCAUGGGCUUGUCCAACAGUCUGGCGGGCUCCAACGGCGCCGGCCUGCAGUCGCACCUCUACCAGCCCGCUUUCCCCGGGAUGGUACCCGCCUCCUUGCCCGGCCCCAGCAACGUGACGGGCUCGCCGCAGCUCUGCAGCUCCCCGGACAGCAGCGACGUGUGGCGGGGAACCAGCAUCGCCUCCCUCCGCCGAAAGGCGCUAGAGCACACAGUCUCCAUGAGCUUCACCUAAUGGCGUCUCCCUCCCACCUUCCCAGUAGCCAGCAGCCUUCCCCAGCCGUGCCUCCCGCUUUCCCGCCCUUUUCACCUCAGUCCUGCCCCCUCUCCCCACCCGCGCGGAUCGUGCUGUUCCCGCCAUUUUUUUACUUAAAAGAGGAGGGAAAACAAAACACUUACCAGGGAGUCGACUCAGGAUCAGAAAUCAGAGGACUGGUUUGUGGGCAGAGAAAAACAACCAAGGAAGCGCACGCACACAUAACCACACUCUCACACACAAGGACCCCCACCCCAAGCCUACUGUGCUUCAAGGGCGGAUACACAAUCAACGUGUGUCUUAAUUAAGAUUUAAGAAAUACCUUACUUGACAGAGGACUCAUUGGAUUUCAUUUAAUUUAUGUCCGAAGUUCCACGCCUACUCCACACCACACUCAAAUUCAGAUCCAGGCGUCUGUUGAGCUUUUAUUUUUUAGAUAAAGCACACCCAAGAACCCUCCAUAUAUAGAAAGAUAGUCUAUAUAUAAUGUGUGUGUGUGUGUGUAUACAAAUAAAGAUCCACGUUUGUUGCAGGGGUUUUGACAGUAGGUUUUCUUAAGGGCAAAUCUGGCCUGUGGGUGGUUCUGAGACGAGAAGAGUAGUCAUGAAGUGAGGCGUGAAAGGGAAAUCGAACCAAUUUUGAUAAAAGCAUUUUUAAGAGGUGGGGGGAGACGGAAUUAAAACGAUUUUUAAAGCACCCACCCCCGCCCCAAACACUUCCUGAUUUAUAUUAUUUUUUGUGGGCGUUCUGAUUUCUGUUGUCCCUACAGUUUCUCCUGCUGCCCUCCCUCUCCUAGCAGCAGGCUGAUAGAUAGAUGCCUGGCGCACGUGGACUUGAGACAUCUCCAACCUGGCAAAGACUUUGUACAGAUAAAACAAUCAGCUAUUUUUUUUCUCCCUUUCUGCAUGUGCUGGUCCAAUCCCAGAGAACAGAAACUAUUUCGAAGAAUGAACAAACAAUGUGAAAUAGGAUGUUUUGUGUAGAUAAAGCAUUCUUGUUACAU